AUGUCAAUGUCUGCUUCCUACAAACCAUCACCGCUCUCUUUCGGUUCACCCCGAGCUUCGCCAUUUCGAAGACCUGAAUCCCAAUCUCCUGCCGCAGCUUCUCCUUCUCCUCUCAGACAAUCGACUCCGAAUCCAACACUUGUAGCUGCAAAAAAUAUGUUGACGCCAAGUAGAUUUGGUAAUUCUGGUACUUCCAAUUCAACAACUGAGACAACUACGAGUAAAUGGACUCCUAGAGGUGUUCCUCCUGCGUUUCGUGAAUUUGAACCUUCACCUACAAAAGGCGCAAACAUGAGUCCGGGAUUUGGUGGCCCAUUGAAGGCUGCGAAUUCCAAUUACUCUAAUGAUGAUAAUGCGAUCUCGAAAUUAUCGCAGGCGCAAGUCAGAGAAAUGAGGGAAGGAUUUCAGAUACUGGAUAGAGAUAGUGAUGGACAAGUUGGUAGAGAAGAUGUAGCUGAUAUGUUGACACAAUUGGGUCUUUCCUCCAAUGCUUCAGAAUUAGCUGGUUACUUUCCGCCGUCGACUCCGCAAACCGUCACACUUCCUACAUUUCUUAAUUCGCUCGCUACACUUCUCUGUACCCUUUCGCCAACACCAGAACUAUUAGAUGCUUUCUCAGCAUUCGACGAAGAUGAUAGUGGUCAAGUCGACUAUGCAGAAUUACGAGAUGCUUUGAUAAACACAGCUCCCGAUCCAGGUGUAAAACCUUUGACAGAACGGGAAGUCGAUAGAGUUAUGGGUGGAUUUACAGCACGAAAAGCUUUGUCAAAACAUACAGGAGCGAUGGGUGGAGCUAGAAGGCAGGAUGUAUUCAAAUAUCAGGAGUUUAUUGCUAAUGUUGCUGGAGGAUCCGGAGCGGAUGGAAGAGGGGAAAAGGUUAGUGAUGAUGGUGAUGAGUAA